AUGUCGGAGGCGGAUCAGAUCCCGGCCCCGGUCCCGGAGGCCCUGAACGUCUCGGACUCCAACGGAACCGAGUCGAUGAACGCGACGGCGAAGUUCGUGGCCACCCCGGAGGGCACGGCGCUGGCCUACGGCAGCCUGGUGUUCAUGGCGCUCCUCCCCAUCUUCUUCGGAGCUCUGCGGUCCGUCAGCUGCUCCAAAGCCAAGGUAACCCCCCCAGAACCGGGUCUACCUGAGCCCGGGUUCACGGAGCGGCUGCAGGUGUUCUGUCGUAAAAUGCACCCCUGACUGAAGCGCGGUCAGAGCAGCUGUUAAAGAAGAGAUUUCCUCACAGUUUGGUGGAUUUAAAAGGGUUUAACUUUAAUAUUUUCAUUCAGAUAAAACAAAAAACAACCAUAAUCUCCCUCUGACUCUGAUUAUUUCCUGUCCUGAGAAUAUUAAUCUUCUCUAACUGUUCAGUUUAUAAACCUCUAUAUGUGGAUUUAAAGACUCAUAAAAACAAAAAGUUUUCUGCUCCGUGUAACAUGUUUUCAUGAUUUAAUAAUCGUGUUUUUGUUAAUUAUUAGAUCAUUUUCUUCCAUUUUAAGAAGAUAAUGAGCGGACCGGAAGCAGGGGGGGGACAUUCUCCGGCAGGGGUGCAUUCUCCGGCGGAACACCUGCUAGCUGCUCCUGCAGCUAACGGCUAACUAACGGUUCUCCAGGUGAUGAUUCAGGAGUUAAAAUGUCAUAAACUCCCACAGAAGACAAACCCACGCGUGAAAACUCAGUUUUUUUAAGUUAUAAAUAUGAGGCUCUCACUUCCUGUCUGUGGUUUGAACGGUACUUUCAUCUUAAAUUUGCACCUUUGCUAAAGUUCACCUGAGCUCCUGAUCACGUGACUCAGUCUGGACGGUUCUGGGGGUUCGGUGUGGGUCUUUAUGGUCUGUUUUUGGCUUCACUUUGUUCCGGUGGUGGACAGGAUCCUGGUGUUUACACUCCGGGUUUGUUUACAUACCUGAACCAGCUGUUUACCUGCCUCUGUGACGUCAUUAGGGGGAAAGGUCAGGGGUCAAAUUCAAUAACAGGAAACUACAAAAAAGAAAAAUCCCAUAAUAGUGACUUUAGAGUCAAAAAAGAGAAAUUAGAGGUUAGAGAGAGAGAGUGUGUGUGUGUGUGUGUGUGUGUGUAAGAGAGUGACGUGGACAAGUGGGUUUCUGCACAUGCUCAGUGGUGACAGCUGGAGUUAACGAAUCAGGCUCCCACAUCCUCUGCUGCUCCGUCAGGUGAAGACAGGUGGAGGACAGUCCUUCAGUGACAUCAUUCAGGGUCAAACCCACCGUAACCCUGAGUUAGACUCCGCCCCCUCCAGAGAUGAAUGUUGUCGACCGCUUCCUUCUCUAGUUAUACCAACUUUAGUAACGACCGCAGGAUAGUAAUACAGAGAACCACGCCCUCAACCAAAACGCCACUCUAUAGCCACAAAUAAUGCUCAGAACAGCACCUAACUUCAUCAACAGGACAUAUAGGGUCACAGACAUAGUACUAGACACCAAACAUCUUUUUAACUUUGACUCAUUUCUUUAGCAAAGAGACUAAACACAACUCACCUACUCUCUUCCAGCAGACGCUUGUUUGUAGAGAGACCUCAGGCCAGUCCAUUACAGACUACAGCGGGGUGCCGCAGCUCAAGGAAGAACAUUGAGCCAAAAUGAUCCAAAUGAAAACUUUAAUGAUUCAUGUGUUGAAUCAGGAUGAAUGAAUGAGUUAUCUUAAAUUUACAAAGAUCCGCCUGAGUGAGGAACGUCUUUCUAAUGUUGUCGACAAACGAAAACGAGAUCGUCAGACUUUGGGAAAGACGAGCGGACGUGUGAAUGAAUGAAUGAAUUCAGGACAAAAGUUUCGAGUUUAUGAAAACUUCAACUUCAGUGACGACCUUUAAAAACGUUCAGACGUCAGGAUGAGAGGGUACGGUGGCCAGCAGGUGUUUUUCUGAGGUGUAGCUGAGGGUCCAGGUUUGAGUCUGCUCCUGUUUACAUGUCUCCUCCCCCUCUCUCUCCCCCUCUCUCUCUCUCUCUCUCUCUCCCUCUCUCUCUCCUCCUCUCUCUCUCUUUUUCUCGCUCUUUUCCUCUCUUUAAUUUGCUGAAUUCACAGAUGAACGUCUCUCUGAUUUGUUUUGUUGGAGUGAUUUAAUUUUGCGCCGUGCUUCCAGUCUUCCUGCUGGCUGAAUCUGAUCCCUCUCUCUCUCCCUGUCUGUCUGUGCACACCUGUCUGUCUACCUGUCUGUCCAUCCACUCUGUCUGUCCUUCUGUCUGUCUGUCUGUCUGUAGGAGCUCGGAGAAAAUGAUUUCGACUCUGGGUUCAGAGUGAGUAUGAGAGCUGCUUUUUUCCCCCCAAUGUACCAAAAUGUGUGAAAUGAAACUGAAAACAGCCUGACUGACUGUUUCCACCUGACCGCCUGGUUCAUCAGCUGACUGUGCAGCUCGCCGUGACUUUAGAGGAGUUUCAGUCCCGAGGAGGAGCUGUCUGAAAACUGAAAACUUCGAGUUUGGACUCAGUCGUGUUUCUGUCCUUCUGAAGCUCUAGAGACCCAAACGUGUUGAGGUGAAAACACAAAAACUACAGAGCCGGGGAGAACAGCCUUCAUGUAAAAACUUAAUCAUAAAAGGUUUACAGGAAGUACAGGUGUGGUCAAACAAACUCAGAUCUGAUUGAUUCACAGACUGAGAACAAAGUUCUUCUUCAACUUUGAGGGAAACAGAAAAUCUUCAAUCUCAGAAACAUUUUUAAUCCAUUCAUCGAUGGUCGGAGCGUCCACCUUUAACCAUUUACCGAAAAACAGACGAUCUUUUAAAGUGAAGUGAGAGCUUCAGGUGUGGAUCAAUAACUCCGACGUUUGUCCUUUUUAGGCUUUAGAGCGAGGUGAAGAAGGUCCGAGGGCGAGGUGGAGAAAGAAAACCUCCAGAUUCUGUAGGUUAAAUUAGAGAAGGGCUUCGUCCACAGGGGGGCGCCACAAUCCAUACAAACUGAAAGUUCGUAAGUUCAGGAGGAUUUCAGAAAGAUCUGUUUUCAACCCAGAGAAGAAGAGGUGAGAGGUGGAGAGGUGACCAUCUGAAACAUCGUGAUCAAUAUGAUCAGGGUUAUCAAUACUAUCACAGUUUAGUUAAAGUCCUCCUAUUCGCCCUGAAAUCAUAAAACAAAGUUUUAUUUUGAAAAACCCUCAGAAUAAACUUUUCCUUAAACCUGAAAAAACAGGAACGAUAAAAACUUAAAGAAGUAAAGAGUCAGAGGUCAGAGGUCAUCGACACAGAAAUAACAAAGUCAUGUGACAGAAACAUUAAUAACAAAUAAAUUAGAUUUAAAUAAAAUGAAGUUUAUUAUUGUGAAAAUUAUAAAAUCAUAAAUUUAAACAGAACGACGAGUUUUUAAAAUCACAUCAGAUCUGAAAAUAAACUGAUCGUCUGUUUUCUUCGGACUUUGUUCACGACUUCAGAUGAAAAAGUUAAAAUCUGCAGAUUUACUUCCUGGUUUUUGAUCCUUGAGCAGAAACGAUGUGAACGCCGGCGCUGGAGAACCUCUGACGACACGCCGGUCGCUGGGAUGAACGAAAACUUCCUGACGACCGUCACGACCGUUUGUAGAAGCCGAAAUUCACCCAGACUUCAGACUUUGUUUCCUUUGACGGCGGAAAAAUCUCACGGUCAGCAGAACUUCCCGCCGCCAUGUUUACAGGUCGUAUACGGCGCACCCGUGUCCUCAGGACGGCGGCGUACGGCGGCUCUUCUCAGCUCUGAACAGUCUGUGAGCUUCUCCAGAGCGCGGCGAUCAAACGCGGUUUUAACGGGAAUUAAAGUUUGAAAAGGUCGUAGUAACCGUCAGACAUUUUACCGCCGUUCAUCAUUUUACCGCCGUUCAUCAUUUUACCGCCGUUUAUCAUUUAACCGCCGUUCAUCAUUUUACCGCCGUUCAUCAUUUAACCGCCGUUCAUCAUUUUACCGCCGUUUAUUCCCGAUAAUCGUUGGUUUUUAAAAGACUCAGACGGAGAAACGGAUCAGGGUUCGAAGAUAACUGAACCAUCAUGUGAAUCAAGGAUCCUCUGCUCCUCCCUCCUUCGUCUGUCCUCACCUCCUCCUCCUCCUCCUCCUCCCUCUCAUUCGUCCUUCCCUCCCUCGUCUCCUUUCCUCUGUCCCACUUCCUGUCUCCUGGGAGGAGGUGGAGGAGAUUAGAGAUGGAGGUGAGCUCUCAGGAGGUCAGGGCGGCGUAGACGUACAUGAGGAGGGCGGAGCUACGGUGGCCUGAAAAGGACCGAAGAGUCUGACUUUGAGCUGCAGACGUCUCUCCAGAGUGUUUUGGCCCUUCUUGGCCACCGUACUCAAACUCUUGUGCUAAAAUCAGCGUCGAUGUUGAUGAACCCGUCGGUUAUUUUCAGGGUUAAAGUUCUCGUGUUUCUAAAGAUCACCAUGACAACGACCACGACCACGACCUCUGUCGACCCCAAACUCCUCAAAACCGUCUCCGAGUAAAACCGGGUUUCUGUGGCUCUUUAGAAAUCAGAGUGAUGAGGUUUGAAGCUCUCAGUCACGUCGUCAUGGAGACCAAGUCUUCUGGUAACAUCAGCCGCUCUCUCCUCUCUCUCUCUUUCCUCCCAGAAUGCAUCAGACAUGCCAGAGACCAUCACCGGCCGGGACGCCGCGCGCUUCCCCAUCAUCGCCAGCUGUACCCUGUUUGGACUCUACCUCUUCUUCAAGGUACGGGGUCUCCUCCGCCCUCUUACAGGGUCUCCUACAGGGUCUCCUACAGGGUCUCCUCCGCCCUCCUACAGGGUCUCCUCCACCCUCCUACAGGGUCUCCUCCGCCCUCCUACAGGGUCUCCUCCGCCCUCCUACAGGGUCUCCUCCGCCCUCCUACAGGGUCUCCUCUGCCCUCCUACAGGGUCUCCUCCGCCCUCCUACAGGGUCUCCUCCGCCCUCCUACAGGGUCUCCUCCGCCCUCCUGCAGGGUCUCCUCCGUCCUCCUCCUCAGUCAGA